AUGAGACCAUCAGCUUUUAAGGAGUUGGAACAUUGGUACGAGGCUACCCUUCAUAGCCUCGACUCCAAUCCUUCAAAAUCCCAAAACAACUACUCGAGAUUACUUCAUGUUUACAAAACAGUUUUCCAUGGAUUCUCGGCCAGCCUGACCUCACAACAAUCCCAACAGCUCGAGAAGCUUCCGGAGGUCGUUGCGGUUUUCCCCGACCGACUUCUCAAGUUACACACGACCCGUUCGCCUUAUUUCCUUGGCUUAUACGAGGAUACUAAUAAUACAGUGGCACGGCCUUUGCUGGUUGAAUCCAAUUCCGGCUCGAAUGUCAUUAUCGGAUUCCUCGACAGCGGUAUCUGGCCCGAACACCCUAGCUUCGACGACAAAGGCCUCGAUCCCCUACCUGCCGGCACAUGGAAAGGCGAGUGCGUGGAAGCUGAUAUGUGCAACAACAAAAUCAUAGGCGCUAGGUUUUUUCUGGACGGAUACGAAGCUUGGAAAGGCGGUAGAGUCGAUCGUUCCCCAUGGGAUAACUUCGGCCACGGCACUCACACGGCAUCCAUUGCCGCCGGAAGGGCCGUCGAGGGCUCGUCUUUUUCUGGAUACGCAAACGGCACGGCAAUCGGAGUUGCGCCAAAGGCAAGAAUCGCCGUGUACAAAGUCUGCGGUGAUGAUGGUUGUGCCGGGUCCGACGUUCUCGCCGGUUUCGACAAGGCCGUGGAGGAUGGGGUCGAUAUAAUUUCCAUCUCACUUGGAGGCGAAGGAGCGGUGCCGUAUGAUGAAGACCCGAUCGCGAUCGCGGCUUUUGGCGCGAUGGAGAAGGGCGUUUCGGUCAUUUCAUCCGCCGGGAAUAGCGGCCCUUUUCUAUACAGGGUGAGCAAUGUUGCCCCGUGGAUGACGACCGUUGCUGCCGGCACGAUCGACCGAGGUUUCUUAGCGGAUCUCGUACCGGAAUACGGACCCGUGAUGUACGGUGCAUCGCUUUACGGUGGGCCUCCUCUGUACCCUACUUUUCUGCCCCUAGCGUAUGGAGGGAGUUGCAGUGAAGAGGGGUUACCGGACGAGAGCUUUUCUGGGAAGAUUGUGGUUUGCGAUGCAGUGAAAGGCACGAGUGCCAUAGCUCAAGAAGAUGUUGUGAGGAAUAUUCUCCAUGGUUCCGGUGUGGUGGUUGCCAACUUAAAACUGGCCGGAAAAGGUCGCAUUGCGAAACCCUUUUCCAUCCCCGGUCUCACCAUAACCGAGUCCGACGGAAACACGAUCCGUGACCUCAUACGCAAACAAAACACAAACACAAAUGCCACGAUAAUAUUCCGUGGCACGGAUUUUGGGAUUGGGCCGGGGAUCGAGCCAGCUCCGGCGGUAGCUUAUUUCUCAUCCAGAGGCCCUAACUCAAAGUCAUCGUACGUCUUGAAGCCCGAUGUGGUCGCGCCAGGUGUCAACAUCCUUGGGGCGUGGAUCCACGGCAAAUUCAAUGUGACCUCGGGCACGUCAAUGGCAUGCCCGCACGUUUCAGGAUUGGCUGCUCUAUUGAAGGGGGCCCACAAAGACUGGUCCCCAGCAAUGAUUAGAUCCGCCAUCAUGACCACGGCUUACACACAAGCUAACAAUGGCGAGCCCAUAAUCAAUGAGAAUGAUGGAACAGAGUCUAAGGCUUCUGAUAUGGGCUCCGGCCACAUUGACCCGGAGAAAGCUCGUGAUCCAGGAUUAGUCUACGAUAUAACCCCGAACGAUUACGCGGCAUUCCUGUGCGCUUCAAAUUAUACGGUCGAUCAGAUCCGCCUUAUAACUAAUGAAAGUUACGCGACGGAGGAUUGUAGCAGAAUUAAUGCAUGGGAUCUGAAUUAUCCGGCCAUCUCUAUUGAUUUAGAGACACUUGAUUACAUGAAUCGUGAUAUCACGGUUAAAAGGACAGUGACACGUGUUGGUGACGGCGAUGCUAGUUACAGCGUGACGGUGACCAAUCCGAAAGGGGUAACUCUGACCGUAAAUCCCAUGAAAAUGGAUUUCACGGCCGGCAAGGGGGAAAAACAAAGUUACGCCGUGACAAUAACGGCAACUUCGUUGCCGAAAGAGACUGUGGAGGGGAAGAUUGUUUGGUCGGACGGGAAGCAGCAGGUGGUGUCGCCGGUGGUGAUACGGGCGUAUUGA